CUUCGGAUCUUGCCUACUCAUCUUCUUUCAUCUUUCUCUCUCUUUUAUUAUUUAUUAAUAAUUUUGUUGGGUUUUUUUGGUGUUCUAUAUAUUGCGAACCAUUUCACUUCCAACGCCUUUCAGCCAAACACAUUCUCAAACCUCAACAAAAUCAUUAUUAUCAUUACUACUACUAAUGGCUUCUUGGAAGAAAACAAUCAUUUCUCCCUUCAGAAAAGCUUGCACCAUCUUCAACCAAAACCCUCGAGAUCCUAAAAAGUCUCACUCCGACUCAGAGCAAGAGAAGAGAGUGGAUGUGAGGAAUCUCCAAGGAGAGGUUAUGGCAUGUGGGUAUGAAGACGUCCACGUGAUGUGGUCUAUUUUAGAUCACAAGGCCAACUCCGCUGCCACCACCGCUACCGCUACCUGCAAUGUGUCUUCUUAACAACGACGACAGACGAAUGUCGUCCUCUUAAAUUUGUUGUAGAUAAAGCUAAGCUGCCCUAGCUGCUGCUCAAUACAUGAUGAUCUUCUCUAUGGGUAUUUUGUGAGUUGAUGAUGAUUUUGUUUAUUUAAUUAUUAUGUGUAGGGAAUGAAUAUAUAAUCACAAAUGAAUCCCCAUGAUUUGAAGCUUUUAAUCAUGGUGAGAUUUAAGGUUUUUAUUAAAUCUCUUCCUCUCUCUCUCUCUCUCUCUCUCUCUCUCUCUCUCUCUCUCUCUCUCUCUCUCUCUCUCUCUCUCUCUCUUGUUUUCUAGGAAAUGGAACCUUAUCUCUUGAGGAGGAAAGUGGUUCAUCAGAUCUGAUUGGUUGGUCAGAUUUUAGUUUAUAAUUAAUUUAUGUAUACCACUUUCCAAUGUCUAAUUUGUUUGAGAAGAGAGAGUCUUCAAUUUUUAAGUCUCUUUUCUGUAAAUUACAAAUAAUAUUUUUAGUCA